AUGAAGGGUGCCCACAGAGUAGCUUCGCAAUUAUGGGCAUCAACCAGGCGCAGACUCUUCCCGCGUGGUGAUGAGGACGAAUCUCACUUCCUGAAACUCGAUCCUCACUGUCAUACCUAUCAGGAAUCCGUUGACUCGACGCUGUUCGGGGACCUGCAGGAUGGCUUCUACAAGUACUCCCAGGAUUUGCUGAAGACAAGCGGGGAGGAAAGCUACAAAAGACUGGCGGAAGAGAUGGGUCUGCGCUCGUCGGGCAGUACUGCGGUAUCCUACGCAUCAGCUCAAAUGGUUCCGAUCGAGCGUCCUGCGCUUCCCUACGCAAUCGGCUCUCCUGACUGGAGCCUUGUCAACGGCUUGGUCAGAUACAUGGAUCCAUCUGGUAAUGAGGAUCUUACAGACUGGAUCGAAAGUGUGAUGAAGGUGUACAAGAAGGUCUACGCCAUUGCCAAAUUUGUCGUCGUAGUGUUCUACUUCUACAACGUUGACUUGGACGAUCAUGAAGGCCUAUUAGCACAUGUUCGGAAGGCAGAGGAACUCGCGACAUCUAACAGUAUUAAAGAUCUGGUCAGAGCUGUGGAGACUCUGUAUUACUCCCUAUACGCCAAGCUGAUCAUGGAAAUCGCGAACGCCGAGCUAUGCUCUUACUUUCAACUUGGGAUCCCCCGCAUCACAACUAAAGACGAUUUCAUGCUUCCCGAGCAGCAUAGCACCAUGAAUAUGUUUCUGGUCUGUAAAGAAUCCCUGGAUAGUCCAUCCGUGUGCCUUGCUUUCAGCAAGGACAUCUUGCGCCAACACCAAGCUGGGCUUGUCCGUCGAGCGGUGAAUAUGCUGGCGGCUACUGGGUUCUCGCUGGACGAUCUCGUCGGAUACCGUCGGUCCACCUUGUCUUUGCUGUCAAAUCCAACAUCGGAGUUCCGCCAGAAAUGGGACGGCCCGGGCCUUACAUAUCAGAUGCCUCCUAGGGAAGUUCUCAUCGUCGGGUCAGAGAAGUACCUAUCAUUCGCGCCCCGGGACGCAAUUCGCACCAAGGUCCCGCAAUUACGCCUGCGUUUCGUGGAAGAGAAAUCAGUAGAUCCAGCGGCGUGGGAACGUGAGACUAUCCUCGGGCACCGUCAGGCAGUACUGGCCAUACUGGAAAGCAGAGUCAUCGGUGAGAUUCGACGUACGGAUGGGCGACGUGAUCUGAUCAAUUAUGCUCGCGAGAAAAGAUGUACCUGUAGAUCACCCUGCAGCUGUGCGAUGGCUUGUACCAUGAACCCCGAGCGUGUUUGUCCUUGUGCCGUAUGGAACCUGACCAUCAUGAUGCUGGAGAGUCGCCGGAACUUCCCCGAAUUGAAGCUCGGUUCUCGGUGUAACAUGCUUGCCAGGAGCAUCUUCGAGGCAGUAUCGACCAUUCGGGACGAUAAAGAUCUCUGUUAUCUCGCAGUUGAGAUGAAAGGUGCGCUAACCACUAUCGCAAACGAGAUUGACAAGAUGCGGGCGGCCAAUGGCUGCCGAAGAACCUGACCUGAGCAAGUGUUCGGUUCCGAGAGGCUGUUUCUUCCCUCUUGUUUUUGUUUUGUGCAUUCUGCACGAUCACGAUUGAUGAUUUAUGACGUGAUGAUUUAAUGAGCCAAGGAAGAGCAGCCCAUGUGCAUAACAGGGACGAUGCAAAGCAGACAUGGGGAAAUAAUGUUAUGUGCUCAGUUCAGA